AUGGGGCCUCCCUCACCUUCAACCUCAUCCUCUUCCUCACCCUCUCCUUCACUCUCUCUCUCCCUCUCCAUCACCCUCUACCUCAUCCUCUCCAUCACCCUCUCCCUCGCCCUCUCCUUCACCCUCUCUCACUCUCUCUCUCCCUCUCCAUCACCCUCUACCUCAUCCUCUCCAUCACCCUCUCCCUCGCCCUCUCCUUCACCCUCUCUCACCCUCUCUCUCCCUCUCCUUCACCCUCUUCCUUAUCCUCUCCCUCACAGAAGGGUUGUAACAGACUGA